CAUCCCGGGAAUGAGAGCGCCAGCCGCUCCUGACCAGCCAAAUCCUCACUCUCCGACCGGGUAUCGCAAAAAAAGCCAUCGGAAGCAGAAAUCUUACUUCCAGAUAUGGUUUGUUCAACUACUUCACCGCAAGAAGCGCUCCCGUGCCUGCUGUAGUUUCACGGCGUGUUUUGGAGCAGUCUAAGGCACCUUCGAGAUGCAGCUCAGGGACAAGUGGAAGACGACAGUGGUGACAGGUAGCGCUGGCACAGCCCAUGCCGCAUCCUGGACCUCCGGCUGCCAGCGGGACUCCUGAACGGCACCUCAGCUGAGAACCGACAGCAACGCCAACGAUGGGGUACAACCUGUCCUAUGGAAAACUGCCAGAUGAUCGUCUGAGCCCGGACAACAGCAGCGUGCCCAACGCCACGGCCGGCUCGCUCGGGAGCGCCGCGCACAACGAGUUCACCACCAUCGUCCUGCCCGUGCUGUACCUCAUCAUCUUCCUGGCCAGCAUCCUGCUCAACGGCCUCGCAGUCUGGAUUUUUUUCCACAUCAGGAAUAAAACAAGUUUUAUAUUUUACCUCAAGAACAUUGUGGUCGCAGACCUCCUCAUGACACUGACGUUCCCGUUCAAGAUAAUCCAGGACUCGCAGCUGGGGCCGUGGCACUUCAACUCCUUCCUGUGCCGCUACACCACGGUGCUGUUCUACGCCAACAUGUACACCACCAUCGUGUUCCUGGGGCUCAUCAGCAUCGACCGCUACCUGAAAGUCGUGAAGCCCUUUGGGGACUCGCGGAUGUACAGCAUCACCUUCACCAAGGUCCUGUCCGCCUGCGUGUGGGUGGUGAUGGCGUUCCUGGCGCUGCCCAACCUGAUCCUGACCAACGGCUACCCCACGCGCAGGAACAUCGACGACUGCCUCAAGCUCAAGUCCCCCCUGGGGGUGCAGUGGCACACGGCUGUCAUCUACAUCAACACCUGCACCUUCGUGGUGGUGCUGAUAGUGCUCAUAGGAUGCUACAUCGCCAUAUCCAGGUACAUCUACAAGUCGAGCAAACAAUUUAUUAGCUCGUCGAGCAGAAAGCGGAAGCACAAUCAAAGUAUCAGGGUGGUUGUGGCUGUGUUUUUCACUUGCUUUCUGCCGUAUCAUUUGUGCAGAAUGCCCUUCACUUUUAGCCACCUAGACAAAAUUUUAGACGACUCUGCACAUAAAAUCCUGUAUUAUUGUAAGGAAAUGACUCUGUUCCUGUCCGCGUGCAACGUCUGUUUGGACCCAAUCAUUUACUUCUUCAUGUGUAGAUCAUUCUCGCGAAGGCUGUUCAGAAAAUCCAAUAUGAGAACCAGGAGUGAGAGUAUUCGAUCGCUUCAGAGCGUGAGAAGAUCAGAAGUGCGCAUAUACCACGAAUACACCGACGUCUGAACUCACCUGUGCAGAGACUUUCGCUCAUUUGCGAGAACGUUUGUAUAUCGUGUAAAUAAAACGUACCUUUGAGUAUCUGA